AUGUUCCCCUGGGGGCUGAGCUGCCUGUCAGUGCUGGGGGCAGCGGGCACCGCUCUCCUGUGCGCCGGCCUGCUGCUCAGCCUGGCCCAACACCUCUGGACGCUCCGCUGGACGCUGAGCCGGGACCGGGCCUCCGCCCUGCCCCUGCCCAAGGGUUCCAUGGGCUGGCCCUUCUUCGGCGAAACGCUGCACUGGUUAGUUCAGGGCUCUCGCUUCCACAGCUCCCGCCGGGAGCGCUACGGGACAGUGUUCAAGACGCACCUGCUAGGCAGGCCGGUGAUCCGCGUGAGCGGCGCCGAGAACGUGCGCACAAUCCUGCUGGGCGAGCACCGCCUGGUGCGCAGCCAGUGGCCGCAGAGCGCGCACAUCCUACUGGGCUCGCACACUCUGAUCGGCUCAGUCGGUGAGCCGCAUCGGCAGCGGCGCAAGGUCCUGGCUCGAGCGUUUAGCCGUGCGGCGCUGCAGCGGUUCGUGCCCCGCCUGCAGGGGGUGCUACGGCGCGAGGUGCGCUCCUGGUGCGCGGCCCGCCGGCCGGUUGCUGUCUACCAGGCCUCCAAGGCUCUUACCUUUCGCAUGGCUGCGCGCAUCUUACUGGGGCUACGGCUGGACGAAGCGCAGUGCGCGGAGCUGGCCCGGACCUUUGAGCAGUUUGUAGAGAACCUCUUCUCGCUGCCCCUGGACGUACCCUUCAGCGGCCUGCGCAAGGGCAUCCGGGCACGAGACCAGUUACAUCGGUACCUGGAGGAGGCCAUCGCAGAGAAGCUUCACGAAGACAAGGCUGCCGAGCUGAGUGACGCCCUCGACAUGAUUAUCCACAGCACUAGGGAGCUGGGCCAUGAGCUCUCAGUGCAGGAGCUGAAGGAGACGGCUGUGGAGCUCCUCUUCGCCGCCUUCCUCACCACGGCCAGUGCCAGCACGUCCCUCGUCCUGCUGCUACUGCAGCACCCGGCGGCCGUCGCCAAGAUCCGGCAGGAGCUGGCGGCGCAGGGGCUGGGGCGCGCUUGCGGCUGCGCGCCGGGGGCCGCGGGGGGCGGCGCGGGGCCCCGGCCCGACUGCGGCUGCGAGCCUGACCUCAACCUGGCGGCGCUGGGCCGUCUGCGCUACAUCGACUGCGUGGUCAAGGAGGUGCUGCGCCUCCUGCCGCCCGUGUCCGGGGGCUACCGCACUGCGCUGCGCACCUUCGAGCUCGACGGCUACCAGAUUCCCAAGGGCUGGAGCGUGAUGUAUAGCAUCCGGGACACGCACGAGACGGCCGCAGUGUACGGCAGUCCGCCUGAGGGCUUCGACCCCGAGCGCUUCGGCGCGGCGGGCGAGGAGUCGCGGGGCGCCUGCGGCCGCUUCCAUUACAUCCCCUUCGGCGGCGGAGCGCGCAGCUGUCUCGGCCGGGAGCUGGCACAGGCCGUGCUCCAGCUGCUGGCGGUGGAGCUGGUGCGCACGGCGCGCUGGGAACUGGCCACGCCUGCCUUCCCCGCCAUGCAGACCGUGCCCAUCGUGCACCCGGUGGACGGGCUGCGGCUCUUUUUCCACCCGCUCGCGCCUUCGGCGGCGCGAGAUGGGCUACGCCUCUGACCCUCUGCGCUUCGGAACAAGGCUUGGCCAGCGGCAGCGGCGCGCUCUCAGCGCCGCCCAUCUGCGGCUUCUUAGGUUUCUUAGUGCCGGGCAGGGCGCUCGCUCACUCGCUCAACAAACGGUCACCGAAUGCAGCUCUGUGCCAGACUUUGAGGGCGGAGGAGCGCGAGCCCCCGCCACUGCGCCCACGGAGCCCGGGAGAAGCGCCCAGGCCGGUGGGAAGGUGCUUCCUGGGCUCUGAGCCCUGAGGAAGGAAAGGUCCUGAGCCCAGCCUCUUAAACCUUUACUAGGUUUGCUAACAGGGAUGGAGGGAACAGAUCUUCACUAGGAGCUGCGGGUCCUCGCCUCCCUGUGCCAAGCCCAGGAGGUUGCAUGGAUCUUGGGGCCGCGGGGACGAUUGUCAGGGGAGGGUUGGACCGUGCCAGAGACCCAGCGAACGCAGCUGGGACCUGCAACCCUUGGGAGGAAGCGCAUCUCUGGUCUGGCUUUGGGCUACAGUUAAGACAUACCGAGAAGUCGCCCAACGGAAGGCCCUCAGGGAGCGGGCCUCGGCUUGGGGCCCCGCGGCCACUCUGCUGGUCUCAGUCUCAGCAGAAACAUGACUGUGGGCUCUCCCAGGGCUCUGAACAGCUCAAUAUCAUUGGAUUCUGCUGGUGACUUCUUAAAAGAAAAAUUCCUACUUCGAGAACGUGUUUAAUCUUUCCACAUAUACAAGGGAGAACAGGCACAUGGAGAUGUCUCUAAGGCUGGAUUAUUUUCAUGGGAGGUUGAGACAUAACCAGAGAGGUUUGGGAUAUUUCUAGCGAUAACAGAAAGGCCAAGAAGAAAGUUUCCCGGCAGCAGUUGAGCGAGGAGGCUAAGGCUUAGCUGGGCAGCUGCUUCCUGGUGGGAAGGUGAUGGAGGUUACCCAGGAAAGACCCACCCCAGAGUAUGCCCAGAGCUGUCCUCCUGAGCACAUCCCAAGAGCUGGGCUGAGAAUUCUCUCUGUAAUAGCUGGCUGCAAGGACCUUCCGGUUUACUACCUCAACCCCCUCCAUGGCAUAGAAGAAACAGAAGACUUCCCUGAGGAACUAGCAAUGUGCUCCCAGGCUAUUUGGCCAGUGGACUGGCCACCCCAUCUGGACUCCUCUACCCCAUCACUUACUCCUUGCUCGGGCCUCUGGGUCUGUGGCUACCAUGUAGGGCUCAGCUCUUUGUCCUUUCAUAGUGAUCCCUAUGGCUUAAGGACUCUGACACAGAGGUUUCCACUGGUGUUUAAAUCGAAGCCAAGAGCCUCCAGUGGCACCAUUCCCAACAGUCCACUGCAACCUGCCACCCAUCUUCAGACAGGCCAGGGCAGCUGGACAUGAUGGGUGAGCCAGGGAAGUUGCCGCCGAGGCCCCAAGCUGACCCCUUAGUGAACCAGAAGGAAGCUAGUGCCCUCCUGACCUUAUGCUUAAGGUGGAUCCCCGGGCCAGAAGGAAAGGGGGAAGCAGCAGGCGCAGGCAGGGUCAGUAGCUCAAGAGCGCAGCGGGCCCUUCCGAGAGCGCUCGGCUGACACUGCCAUAACCCCCAUGCAGGGCAAUUCAUCACCCACUGCUGAUCACAGGCCCGGCGCCAGGCCAUGGGCUCUGGGAGGCAGUGGAGCCAGCAAAAGUGGCAGAACCGGGGCCUGUCCUCAGGGUGCUCCCUGAGGCUGCAGACAACAUCCGGGCUGAGAAGCUCCACCAGGGGGAGGGGGCAGGAGGAUUGAGGCUUGGGGUGGAUUCCGACUGGGGGGAAGAGAGGAGAAACAUAGGAAGGAGGUUCUCCAAAGCCUCCAUGGUGUAUGUGGUAAGAGACCUGGUUUACCUGCUCUGGGAUCUGUACUAACUAUAAGCUCCAGUAGGGGCAGCUUCAAUUUCCCAGUGAUACAUCAUUUUCAGUAAUUUCAAGGAAUAUCUGAGCUCCUGUUUCAGUAGUUCCAGAUUCUCUGAGGAAGGAGCAUACUGGUUCUUGCCCUCAUGGGCUGCAUAUGCUUACGAAGGAGGUAGAUAAUAAAUAAACUAGCAAGCGAAAGAGCGAGAGUAUGUCAGACGGUGGUAAGUGCUGUCAAGAAAAUAAAAGCUGGCUGUAAUACCUGGUACCUGGGGGCUAGACUCUGCAGGGUGGGAAGGUGGAAGACUUCCGUGAGGAGGUGACAUGUGACUUCGGAAGGAACCAGCCAGCGGUGAUCUGGGAAAGGUGCUCCCCAAGCAGAGGAAACAGCGAGUGUAACACCCUGAGACAGGAAUGGGUGCCCAAGAAGUGGAAAAGGAUUGGAGGGUAAAAGGUGAGGAAGGGUGCCGGGAACUGACCUGACUCCCGUCUCACUCUGGGUCCUCACUUCCCUCCUCCAGCAAAAACAAAAACAAAACAAAACAACCCAAAAAAAAAAAAAAACAAAAACAACACACUCUCCACCCCCAACCCUUAGCAACCGGGAGGCUAUUUUGUAAACAUCUUGGAAAUAUUUUGUUUUCCCGGAACCAAUCCUCAUCCCGCCCACCACCACUGAAGAAAGCUUGGCAAGUUUUCUAAUCAAAGUUCUUAUCGGGUUGAUAAUUUAUUGAUCUCUUCCCCCAUUCAAGAUGUUCUUUAAUGAUCUUCACUUUCACAUUUAAUCCUUUCCUGCCUGACAACCCCGCUGGACGCCCCCGCGUGUCUCGACGGGCAGAUUUAUUAGAACUCUCCUCCUCCCCCGGCAAUUUCCAGCACGCAGGCCCCACUCAUCUUGUGACCCGGCGCGCGCUGAACUUGGCGAGGUGGCCCUGCAGAGUUCACUCGGAUGUCACGGUCCGGGCUGCAGGGGUCACAGGCAGGUCAGGCCAGAGGAUUGGGAAUGGGCCCCAGGUCACGCCCCCGCUCGCCAGUUUUGCUCACCGGCCCGAGCGCUGUCUAGAAAGGGGCGGGCCCAGGAUUUCUGCGAAUCACUUCUGGUGCGUCUCGCGCGGUUCGUGCUGGUGCCCAGAAGUUGGCUGGCACCGUUUGCAGUCGCCAAACGGUUAGAUGAAAUGGCGGUGGGAAAGACCCUUCUCUAGAGCCUCUGAAACACCGAGUAGGGUUAUGCGGGAAACGCAGACUGCCAAGCAAGCUCUGUGGCGACUCCGGCUUGGAGCGUUGCGGGACCGUGCAGUCCCUAGGACUCCACAUUUUCCAAUCCCGCCAGCUUUGGGGACCACCGCGGGAGGGUCACGUAUUUAACAGCUCUUACGAUCAAAGAGUUUUCCAUUUACAAAGGACGCCUUCCGAGGCGUGCGGCGUGCUCCUGCAAAAGCCGGCGUUUAGUUUUAAACAAACGUAUUCUGUUUCGUUUUCCGCGCGGCUGGUGAGUCCGGCGCUCAAACUGAGGAUGCGUGUGGCCCCGCCAGGUGAGAGGUGGGGAGCGCACGUGCACUCCGCAGUGUCCGAGCUCCGGGCAUCAGGCAUCGGCUGCAGGAGCGGCUGAUUGCAGCUGGGCAAGGGCCAGACCUGCUUCCGAGGAUGGAUUCUCUCAACACUCCCAUUAGCGGCCAGCAGAGGCCUGGGUUCAGGGCCAAGCACCCCUCUCACCCGGGUGGCUUCGGUGGGUGGGGGCCGUGAGAGCGGAGGAAGGCUCCAGGUCAUCCUGGUGACGUAAUCUAGUGCGUGGAACUGGGGAAAGUACUUGCAACCAGAAGCCCAUCUUGAAAACACAACUAUCCCGGGGUGUUGUGUAGACGGAUUGGGAAUUACCGCCUUCAUAUUAAGGAGAAGGAGACAGGAGCAAGGAUUUGUGGUGACUCACUCCAGGUCGUGCAAGUAGAGAUGGAGCCGAGCCCCGGAGCACAGACUCCUGGGCUUUCCUUUCUCUAUCUCUGUCACCUCAUCUUCCCAGGCCUAAGGAUCCCCUUCCUCUCUGCCUAGCUGGGGCUAUGAGUCCCAGGGCCCUCGGAAUCCGGCCGGCUGCUGCCGGUUCUCAGAGCGCUGAGCCGUGGAUGAAUUGCCCCUGUGGUCUCCCGCUGGGGCGUCAGAGUUGGGGCUCUGACUUGUGCAAGGUUACACCUGGAGUCCUGAGGGAUCUGGAGGCUCUCUUGUACCCUUAAGUUGGACCUUUCAAGACUUCAUGAGUGCUGACCUCCUUGAGGGGUUUGGGGAGCUGGGAUCUAUGAUCCUCCGAUCAUGUCUGACCCCCGCCCUGCACGCACACACCACCCUGGCUCUCGCUUAGGUUCUGGCCCUGGGCUCUUCUGCGGGAUCUUCGGGAGAUUCGGGAGGUCUGCGUUUUGCUCUGCGUUCUGGAACUCAGUUUCCCCAGCGUGGGACGUGGCAAGCCAGUCGGUCCCUGAACGCACUUCCCUUUGCUUCCGCCAGCAGGUGG